AUGAUUUCUAAGAAGGCGAAGACGGUUGAGGAUUUAGAGGAGAUUGAGCGUCUUAAGGCUGCUCGUGAGGCUAGGGAUACCGUUGCCCCUAAGGAUGAGGGUGACGAUCGGGCUGGUUCUGCUGCGCCUCCUGAGACGUCGGAGCCGGUGGAUUUCGCGCGGAUACCUGCCUUCUAG